AUACUAUCAACUUUUCUCUAUCUAUCUCUCUCUCUUCUUUUUCCGGCAUAACUUCUGUGUUACCCUAAACUCCAUAACCUGUUUCACCGAUAAAGUGCCUUUGCUUCUAUCUCUGUCACUCUUACUACUUGUUGAACAAUAUUCUACAAAAAAAUGUCGGGAAGAAGAUCACGUUCGAGGCAAUCAUCAGGAACUUCAAGGAUCUCAGAAGAUCAAAUCAAUGAUCUGAUUAUCAAGUUGCAACAGCUUCUUCCUGAGCUCAGGGACAGUCGUCGUUCCGACAAGGUUUCAGCAGCGAGGGUGUUACAAGAUACGUGCAACUACAUACGGAAUCUGCAUAGAGAGGUUGAUGAUCUAAGUGAGAGGCUAUCUGAGUUACUAGCAAACUCAGACACUGCACAAGCUGCUUUAAUCAGAAGCUUACUUACCCAAUAAUUCCUAUCUAUCUUUUUCUUCUUCUUCUUUUUUUUGUUUACUAUAAUAAUAAUAAUAGUUUGCGGGUUUUUUUUUCUAUAGAUGUUGAUGACCUUAUAAACGUUUAAUGAUACGAGUUCGUCACUUCUGCUUGGGUCAUAAAUAUUCGCUUGUUUCCAAUAUAAAACCUUUGCCCAUUUUCGGUUAUCUUGUUUGUCUCUCCUUUUUUUCUUUCUAAUAUGCAUUUAAUUUGGUUAGGGUUUUGUUCACCAAAGACUUGGCUAUGUUCAUUUCUAAGCUUUUUAUUGGUUUCGUGUUUUUGAGUAAUAUAAAACAUGUCAUAACAAGAGCUUAUAUGAAGAACAACGAAUUUGUAAUUUAAAACAUGCCAUUCAAAAAU